CAAGUUUUGACGAGACUUCCUUGCCAGUCACCUAUGAAGCUCCUGAUUUUAACGCUGCGCCUCUGCAAUGAAGAAAAGGAGACGGCUCGCUCCAAAUCUAAACGAAAAGGUUCAUCUCGGCCAUGAGAAAGAUACUUCAGAACAGAUUCUUGUAGUAGACUGUGCGCCAGGAAUUGUCUCAAAGCCUGCAGCAAUAGCUCCUGCAGAUCAGCUUGAAUCUUCCCAGGAACUUUCACCAUCAUCAGAACAAAGAAAGCUCCUAAGCUCAUUGCAGUAUAACAAAAAUCUACUUAAAUACUUAAAUGAUGAUAGACAGAAACAUCCAUCAUUUUGUGAUUUACUCAUAAUUGUAGAAGGAAAAGAAUUUAGUGCACACAAAGUUGUGGUGGCUGUUGGGAGUAGUUAUUUUCAUGCAUGUUUGAGCAAAAAUCCAAGCACCGAUGUCGUCACGUUAGAUCAUGUAACUCAUUCUGUCUUUCAGCAUUUACUUGAGUUUCUCUACACAUCUGAGUUUUUUGUAUAUAAAAAUGAAAUUCCGUUAGUGCUGGAAGCAGCAAAAUUUUUAGAUAUCAUAGAUGCAGUGAAGUUAUUAAAUAAUGAAAAUAUUUCUAACAUACAGACUGAUGUGGUAACUGAUGCACCUACACCAGUAGAGACACUCAGUGAACUGACAGGUAAACUAUUAAAUAGCCAUCAGUGCACUUUUUGUGGUCGAAGCUUCUGUUACAAGAAGUCCUUAGAAAAUCAUUUGGCUAAAGCCCACAGAUCCCUUUCACUGGAAAGAAAACAUGGGUUAAAAAUGGUUGAGAAGGCCGACUUUUCCACUAGACGUUCUAUGAGAAAUCGUAAAUGUCCAGCUAAAUUUGAUAACAGCGACAAUGAAAGUGGUGAUGCCUCUGACAGCAAUUUGGAAAAAGUCAGUUCUGACAAGGAAACAUCUGAUAGAAGUGAAUUUGAAGACAGUGAAAGUGAAUGCAAUGCUGAUGAAGAGGGACAGGAAGAGGAGAUGUCAGGUGAAGAUUCAGAGUCUGAAGAACAAAGUGAAAAAGAACAGAAUGACACUGAAGAGGGUUCUGAGGCAGUUGAUUCAAUGGGAAAUAUUCCUGAAGGCUUAGCUCCAGUCAUCAUUCAAAGCAGUAGCAAAAAACUACUGCAGUGUCCUAAGUGUGACAAAAAAUUUGAUCGAAUAGGCAAAUAUGAGAGCCAUACACGUGUACACACGGGUGAGAAGCCUUUCGAGUGUGAUAUAUGUCAUCAGCGCUAUUCAACGAAGUCCAACCUGACAGUGCACAGAAAGAAACACUCUAGUGAUACUGACUUUCAUAAAAAGGAACACAAAUGUCCCUACUGCAAUAAGCUGCAUGCAAGCAAAAAGACUUUAGCGAAGCAUGUGAAGAGGUUUCAUCCAGAGAAUGUACAAGAAUUUCUUUCUAUCAAGAAGACAAAGAGUGAAGGUUGGAAAUGUGAUAUAUGUAAGAAAUCUUUCACUCGAAGACCUCAUUUAGAAGAGCAUAUGAUCCUUCACUCUCAGGAUAAACCCUUUAAGUGUACCUACUGCGAAGAGCACUUUAAAUCCCGAUUUGCAAGACUGAAACAUCAAGAAAAAUUCCAUCUCGGGCCUUUUCCUUGUGAUAUUUGCGGCCGCCAGUUUAAUGAUACAGGAAAUCUGAAACGCCAUAUAGAAUGUACUCAUGGAGGAAAGAGGAAAUGGACAUGUUUCAUCUGUGGAAAAUCUGUUAGGGAACGAACAACUUUGAAAGAACAUCUGAGAAUUCACAGUGGAGAGAAGCCUCAUCUUUGCAGUAUUUGUGGGCAGAGUUUUCGUCAUGGAAGCUCUUACAGACUUCAUCUAAGAGUCCACCAUGAUGACAAGAGAUAUGAAUGUGAAGAAUGUGGGAAGACAUUUAUUCGGCAUGACCACCUGACAAAACACAAAAAAAUACACUCAGGUGAAAAAGCACAUCAGUGUGAGGAAUGUGGAAAAUGUUUUGGCCGUAGAGAUCACCUUACUGUUCAUUAUAAAAGUGUUCAUCUGGGAGAAAAAGUCUGGCAGAAGUAUAAAGCAACAUUUCACCAGUGUGAAGUCUGUAAGAAGGUUUUUAAAGGGAAAUCAAGUUUGGAAAUGCAUUUUAGGACACAUUCAGGUGAGAAACCCUACAAAUGUCAAAUCUGUAAUCAGUCUUUUAGAAUUAAGAAGACAUUAACAAAACACAUGGUUAUUCAUUCAGAUGCUCGACCUUUUAAUUGCCAACACUGCAACGCAACAUUUAAACGAAAAGACAAGCUGAAAUAUCAUAUUGAUCAUGUUCAUGGAUCAAAGGCUGCAGAAGAGGCACUGACAUCUUCUUCGGAGGAAAAGCUAGUCUCCUUACCAGUGCAGUACACCUCUGAUGACAAAGUUUACCAAACUGAGGGUAAACAGUAUGUGGAACAGUCCAAAGCAUAUCAAUCAGAAGCCAAAACUUUGCUGCAGAAUGUAUCUACAGAUGUGUGUGUGCCUGUGACUCUCGUACCGGUUCAGAUGCCUGAGCCGCAAGCUGAUCUAGUACAGCAUACUACUCAGUCACAUGGCAUUCUUCCUCCACAGCCUGAGCAGACAGAUUACCAACGAGCAACAGAUCUAUCAUUUCUAGAGAAAUAUACUCUUACUCCACAACCUGCAAAUAUUGUUCAUCCUGUAAGGCCUGAGCAGAUGUUGGAUCCUAGAGACCAGUCAUAUCUUGGAACUUUACUGGGGCUAGAUACAGCUCCUACUGUACAGAAUAUUUCGAACAAUGAACAUUCAUGAUCAGACCAUAACAUUCCACCUAAUUUACUAAGCCAUUAGCCAACAGAAGGCUGAUAUGGCAAUUGAGAUUUAUAUUUUAUAUUUUAUUUGGGCUCAUGAGUCUUCUGCAUAGUUUUGGGAAAACAGGUUU